UGUCUGCAUGACGUUCCUACAGAUUAUUAACAAUUUUAUUGCAUUAACCGUAUACGGUAUACUCUUGUUUUCAUUAUUAAAAAUUUUUUAAAUUGUUAUACAAUGAGUGAUUGUGAUUCUCCAACCCAAGUAGAUCAAGUUGAUCAGGUUGCAGAUUCAGAAGAACCUAUUUUACCUUGGCCAAAUUAUCAAAAAUAUUUUAAAGUUUUAAGAGUUAUUGAGGAUAAUUUUUUUUAUAAGAAGCUGGAAGUGAAGUGCUUAAGUUGUGUCGGUACGAAGUGUUACAAGGUGGAUUCACGUUCAAACUCAAAUAUAAGAAAACAUUUAAGCAAACAACAUCCAACUAUAUUAAAGAAAAUAGAUCACAUUGAUAAUGCUGCGAAUAAAAACACUACAAAGAGAUGCAAUGAUGGAUCAUUGAAGCAUAACGCUGGUAGUUCUUUACAACAAUCGGAUAAAAAUAACCAAUUAAAACAACCAGUUUUAGAAGAUUUUUUGAACAACAAAAAAUUAACUAGUCAAAGUACUUUAGAUCAACUAUUGCAAAAAUUUAUUAAAUAA